CAGGAUGCUUCAUGUAAGUGAAAUGUGGUGCUAUCACUGGAAAUGGAAGCUGCAGCACUGUCUCUGCUUGUUUACCACAUAUAUUAUAUGCAUGCAGCAAGCAGCUCAUGGAUGCUACGACUGUAGGACUGUGCUAACUGACCCCUCCGGAGUUUUCACUUCUCCAUGCUUCCCCAGCGAUUAUCCUAACAGCCAAGCAUGCAAGUGGAUCAUCCGAGCACCUCAUGGAUUCAUCAUACAGCUAACAUUUAUUGAUUUUGAUAUUGAAGAAGCUCCAGGCUGCAUUUAUGAUUCACUGACAUUAGACAAUGGAGAAAGCCCAAUGAACCUCUGUGGCAUCACUGCCAAAGGAUUAUCCUAUAACUCCACCGGCAAUGAAAUGAUUGUGUCAUUUAAAAGCGACUUUAGUAUCCAAAAGAAAGGUUUUAAUGCCAGCUAUGUACGAAUCGCUGUGUCUCUGAGGAAUCAGAAGGUCAUCAUUCCCCAGGUUCCCGAUGUCGAUGCUGUGUCUGUGGCAGAGACUGUCUCAGUGCCAGAGCUUAGCCAGUUUACACUGUGCUUUGAAGCAACCAAGGGCAGCAGCGAUGAUGAUGAUGACUGGAAGGUUUUCUCCUACACUGAUGCAUUGUCGACAGAAUUCUUCAGCUUUGGGAAGACCACAAAAGGCCAUUUUCUAUCCAUCUCAGGCACGCAGUGCAUCCUUGAGAAUGCAUUGCCCCGAGAUGCAGAGUUUUUCACGGGAACCUUUCAACAGCUCUGUGUUGUUGGGGAUAGCUUCUCAGGCAGUAUAGGUGUAUACGCCAAAAGCACCUAUCGUAUAGUGUACUGUCCGACUAUCUUUGGCAAAGUUAUCCCUGGAAAUGGAAGGCUGGUGCUGGGCUCUAACAGCGAUGAAGUGAGCUCUCUAAAUGGAGACAUUUACAAUUUCCGCCUCUGGAAUUUCACCAUGAAUGCGCAAACACUGGCCAACCUCAGCUGUGAUGUGAAAGGAAACAUUGUAGACUGGGAGAAUGAAUUCUGGAGUAUUCCAACUUCAGCACUGAAAGCAGAAAACAAUUUGAGUUGUG